AUGGGGCUGGAGCUAAACGCGCGUUACGUUUCAUCCUCAUCUCAAAUUGCUGCGUCGUCUCUUCCUCCUCCUGGCUGCCACAAGAACCGGCUCGCAGGAACAGACUGCGGCUUCAGAGACGGACAGCGCCGGGUGUGUGAGAUGCUGAGGCCUGGAUGCGGUGGAAGAGAGAAUCCAGCGGCCCAGACUUUAACUGAAGGACGGGAUUCGAUGAUGCUCAGAUUUACCAGCGUCAACAGGAGUCUGCACGCCUUCGCGCCCCUGCCAGCCAGACCCCCGGCGGCCUACCCACCGAUGGGACACCAGGACAGAAAUAUAAGAAGAAGAAGAAGCAGCAGUUGUCUGCAUGUCUAUAUUGCAUGGAGGAUUUAUUACCACAAACAACUCAAGAAAAUCCAUCAGAAGUCCCUCAGCCUUCCUCGGGAGACGGUGAUGAAAUUUUCUAUCACAAACCUGCCCGAUGAGGAAGCGGAUCCGGAGAGACCCGAGAGCUGCCGAACCGACCCGGAGAGCGGCUCCCUCGACUGGAAGCGGCGCCUGGAGGGCUGCAGCUCCGACGGCGUGAAGAGGCUGAAGCGGGGAGCGGAAGGCGCACCUUGCGCAGACCCUUCCGCGAGCAGGAUGCGGGCGCAGCUGACGAGCGUCAGCGGGCUGCGCGCGUCCUGCUGCUGCGUCUCUUACCCGGGCGCAGAGCCGCAUCCCUACCAAACUGCAUCGUGGAGCCACAGAGCGGACGUCCAUCUGAGGCAGGAAGUCUUCAAAGAGUAUCUCUGUGAGCGGUUUCCGCCUGCGCCUCACGUUUACUCUCCUCUGGACUCCGUUUACCUUCCAGGCCAGAACGCGCUGCCGCCGUUUCUGUCCCUGCUGUAGAACAGCAGCUCUGAUCCUGAGUUUAUAACUCUGGACUCCUACAAACCACAGAGCUGAUUGGUCCUUAAUCUGCUCUGGAAACGUUGUGAUGACAAAUGUCAUUCCUCUAAAAACCAGGUUGCUGCAAAGGUAUUUUGAGGCAAUAGAGCCAAACUAAAAAAAUAUCUUUUUUUUUUUUAAAUUGGUCUCAGAAAUUUUCCAGAAAAAGUUGGACAUUUGCUACAAAAACUUUGAAAUUUCCAAGUUACUUCUAGAAAAUUUCUAGAAUUUUUUUUAAGCUCUACAAUGGCUUUAAUACACCAUUGUAGUUUCUUGUUCGGUUUUAAUUUGCUUUAAAAUAUCACUCUUACUUUGUGAAGAUACCCAUGCACAGCUGGCUAAGAACACAAAUAUUAACCAGGACUUUCCAUGCAUUUCCAUUUCUUGGGUUCUUUGUUUAAUUUUUUUUUUUCAUUUGAUGGAGUACGAUUUUAAUACAGAUAUUCUGUUAUUUUUUUUAAAGCCCAACCACUCAGCUCACAAAUCGCUGCUAUCAUAAGGCAAAAACUAAUGGAGAAACUAGCAAAUAUCAAAAUGAAACCCUCAGAUGUGUUAAGAACCACUUGAAAAGACUAAAGUAAUUUUGCUACUUAACUGCAGCAAAAUGUAAAGAAAUUAGAAAUGGCUUAAGACAUCUGGACAGUUCAAUAAAUAAGUUCUCAUCACAAAUAAAUUACCUCAAGAAAAAUUGAGUCUAUUGAAUUCAUGUUUUUUUAGUUGGAAUCCAAUUCUCAACUUACAAAAAAAGUACCCAAUAGUUAAAAUAUUUCAGUGCAACGGAGCAAAAAUAAUAAUAAAAAAAAUGCUUAUGCUUCUAUAAAUAUACCAUCUUUGACCAUGAUAUGAAAAAUAAAAUCUUUAGAUGAGCAAAUAUCUA